UUUUAAUAUUUUCUAUUCUACCUACAAGUCAUUCUAUUACAAUAAACUCAACGAAAUAAAGAUAUUACGAAAUUACUUAUUAGCUCAUAUUUUAUUUUUUUUUCAAUACUCACUAAAAUGAGUAAUACAAAUCGCAGAGUAUUUAAUAUUAUUACAAAAGUACUAAGAUACGUCGGAAUUUGGUCACUUCAUUCAACAGUACCGACAGUUUUCAGAAUAUUUCAUUCAGUUUUCCGACUGUGUACUUUUAUUAUAUAUGUAUUGCUACUCAUAGGCUCUGGAGUAGAUGGCAUUGAUAAUUAUAAAGAUUUAACCAAAGUUACAGAAAAUCUGUGUCUUUUCAUUGGUUCGGGUACGACAAUAGUAAAAGUGUUGAUUUUUUGUAUACGACAAAAUACUAUAUUGAAACAUGUUGAAGAUGUUACUCACUCUAUUGAUGUAUUACAACAUUCAAGUGAUUCACAAGUAUUAAACGUAAUAAAGAUCACAUUACGUCAGGACACUAAACAGUUUUAUUCUCUCAGUGUUGUUUUAACAAUUGUAAGUCUUAUACGAAUUUUGGCUGGUCGUAAACGAGAGAACGGAUUACCAUUACCUGUAUAUCAUCCAUUUGAUACAAGCAAAUCACCAAUUCAUCAAAUUAUGUACAUUUUACAUUCAUACUGUAUAGUAUACAAUCUAAUCGCCAUAUUGAUGGGUGAUUUAUUAAUAGUUUCCUGCAUAAAAUGGCUAACAGUUCAGUUAAAAAUCAUAGCAUCAAACUAUCAAAACUGCGAUAGCAAUUUAGUUGAAAGAUCCGGUUUCAAUUCAACUUCCCUGGGCGCAACAAUUUUAAAUAAUAAAAAGAAUAUACACACAGAUAUUGAUGAUAUCGAAAUAAAGACUUUUGUACCACUUGAACAAGUACAUCGAGAUCAUAAUAACAAUGAUGAUAUUAAUGAUUGUUUCUAUGAAAGAUUUAAGAUAUGUAUAAAACAGCAUCAGAAAAUAAUCCAAACUGUUGAUGAUCUUAAUGCCACUUUUAGUGUUUAUAUGCUUAUGCAAGUUGCCAUAAGUACUGGUCUACUAUGUUUAAAUGGUUUCCAAGUGAUCAUUUGCAAAGAUAGUUCGGCUGUUAUAAAAUUCUUUUUAGGUUUAGUCAUAGCUUUAAUCCAACUACUAUUCUGGUGUUGGUAUGGAAAUAAGUUUGUUUCCAUGGCUGACUCAUUAACAAAUUGCCAAUGGUUUUCUGGAUGGGAAAAUUCAUAUAAUGGUAGUUUAAAAAAUAUUUUGACUAUUUCAAUGAUUCAGAGCUUACGACCUCUUGAAUUUCACGCGAUUGGUCUUUUUAAAUUCACCAUACCAACAUUCGUCGAUAUAAUCAGAAAAUCAUAUUCUGUCUUUAUACUCUUGAAGCAAACCGUUACUACCGAUUAGUAAUUUAUUAAUUUAGACUUAAGUCUUGCAGAAAAAAAUUAUAUUUAUUAAUUUAUAGUCUGUGAGAUUUGGAAUUGUUUGGAUUAAUAGUUAAUUGAGGAAAGUAUGUAGUUAUAUAUUAUUGAAACAAUAUCAGCAGUAGAGUGAAAUAUUGAGAAAAUUAUUGUAGUUUUAACCGGAAAAAAUGAUUACAUUACAAGUCAUAAGGCCAAGUGUGUUUUUUUUAUUAAAGAUGCGAUGUCAUUAUUUAUACAGUUAAAGAGUGCAAAAAGUGACUGAAACUUUUGAAUAAGUGUUGAUCGCAUUAAUAACAAAAUCAAGAAAAAUUAUCGUUUUAUUUUUAAAAAAAACUUAAUCCAGCUGUGAAUGAGUGACUACAAAAUCUAUUGGUCUUGUAUUAUUAUUACUCCAGUUUCUUCUGUAUUAGUGAAAAUAACAUCACUUAAAAUUGAUUUAUCAUCAAGAAAAAAUUAAAAUAAUAUUAGUUUCAACUAUAAAAAAUUAAAUCUUUACUGCAGACAAUAAAAUCAGAGUAGAACUUUUAUUAUUUUGACUAAAUUUUUUCAUAUCAAAACAAUCGUUAUUGUUUUUUUAUAAAAUAAUUCAAAAUCAUGUUGAUGAUACUGAUUAUCAUAACCCUGGUAGAAAUUUUUCCAGGCCUGUUUCAUUACAAACUAGCACUCAUUAAAGGCAUAACUAAAAAACCUGAAAAACAUUACAAUCCGGCAGGUAUUCGACCAAUCGGGGUAUUGUUGAAUAUUCAGAUGCCUGUCUGAAUGCCCAAUUAAAAAUUUUAUCAGGGUAAAAUAGUAUAGUACUCAUUUAUAACCAUAAAUAUAAUAAAUGAACGUCAUGAUGCACAAAUUUAAUAAUACAAAAAUAUCCCUAGUCAUGAUAAUAUCAAAUUACACAGACAUUAUCAGCUUCAAUAAAGAUAUAGGGUAGAGGUACGGUUUUUGGCCAGUUUUGGACACUUAAAAAAUUUAAACAAAAUAAUUUAUAAAUUUCAAAGAUACUUUCAGUCUAUUAUAAAGAUGGAAAUUUCAUUUGAUACUUUUUCAUUAAUUAAAGUAAAGUAUUAAAUGUCCAAAAAUAGAGCAGUGGCCACAAAUGGUACUUCUACCCUAUGCUCAACAUACGUGCCAACAAAAAAAAAUAUAAUCAUUGAUGUCAAUUGUUAAAUACUUGUCUUUUAUAUGUUUAUAAUAAAACAUCUUCAGCACUUUCAUUAUCACGGCUACCAUUUUAUUCCUUUCAUUAUAAUAUUUUCAUAACUGGAUUUAACCAAAAACUACAACAAAAUUUCUUUAAUGAUUCCAUUGACACCGCAGAAGUU